GCACCAUGAGCACCGCAGCCUUCCACGUGGCGGGGCUACUGGAGAAGAUGACUUCCAGCGACAAAGACUUCAGGUUCAUGGCCACCAGUGACUUGAUGGCGGAGCUGCAGAAAGACUCUAUCCAGCUGGAUGAGGACAGUGAGCGAAAGGUUGUGAAGAUGCUCCUCAGGCUCCUGGACGACAAGAACGGCGAGGUGCAGAACCUGGCUGUGCGGUGCUUGGGUCCUUUGGUGGGCAAGGUGAAGGAGUGCCAGGUGGAGACCAUCGUGGAUGCCCUCUGUGCCAGUAUGCGGUCCGACAAGGAGCAGCUCCGGGAUAUUGCUGGCAUCGGCCUCAAUAUUGUGCUCUCAGAACUGCCACCUGCAGCCACAGGCUCCGGGUUGGCCACCAACGUGUGCCGGAAGAUCACAGGCCAGCUCACCAGUGCCAUUGCCCAGCAGGAGGAUGUGGCCAUGCAGCUGGAGGCCCUGGACAUCCUAUCUGACAUGCUGAGCAGCCCUUGCAGCCCAACCCUUCCUCCCCCAGGGUACUGCGUGCUGGAUAAAGUGUCCCGCCAGGCUCCAUGCCCUGCCUGGCCUGCAGGGCUCCACCUGGACCGCCUGGUGCCGCUGCUGGAGGAGUUCUGUGGCCUGGAGGAUGAUGAGCUCCGAGAGUCCUGCCUGCAGGCUUGUGAGGCUUUCCUGAGGAAGUGCCCCAAGGAGAUGGGGCCCCACGUGCCCAGUGUGACCAGCCUUUGCCUCCAGUACCUCAAGCAUGACCCCAACUACAGCUACAACAGUGACGAAGACGAGGAGCAGAUGGAGACAGAGGACAGUGAGUCCAGUGAGCAAGAGAUCGAGGAUGCGUACAGCGAUGACGACGACAUGAGCUGGAAGGUACGCCGGGCGGCGGCCAAGUGUCUGGCAGCCCUGCUGGGCUCGAGGCCCGACCUGCUGCCAGACCUGCACUGCAGCCUGGCACCUGCGCUAGUGUGCAGAUUCCAGGAGCGCGAGGACAAUGUCAAGGCUGAUGUGUUCGCUGCCUACAUCGUGCUGCUGCGGCAGAUGCGGCCACCUCAGGGCUGGCUGGACACCAUGGAGGAGUCCAUACUGGCAGACAGCAGCCUCCAGGCCCUGCGAGGACAGGUGCCCCUGGUGAUGAAGGCCCUGCAGCGGCAGCUAAAGGACCGCAGUGCCCGGGCACGCCAGGGCUGCUUCAACCUCCUAGCAGAGCUGUCAGGUGUCCUCCCGGGCAGCCUGGCAGAGCAUAUGCCCGUGCUGGUGUCAGGCAUUGUCUUCUCCUUGGCUGACUGCUCCAGCUCCUCCACCAUCCGGAUGGAUGCCCUGGCCUUCCUGCAGGGGCUGCUGGGCACAGAGCCUGCUGAGGCCUUCCACCCCCACCUGCCUGUCCUCCUGCCACCUGUGAUGGCCUGUGUGGCUGACCCUUUCUAUAAGAUCGCGGCUGAGGCCCUACUGGUGCUCCAGGAGCUGGUGCGCACCCUGUGGCCACUGGGCAAGGCUCGGGUGCUAGAUCCCACACCCUACGUGGUAGAGAUGUCUAAGGCAACACUGGCCCGGCUCCGUGCUACUGACCUGGACCAGGAGGUGAAAGAGCAGGCCAUCUCCUUCGUGGGCUACCUUGUGGGCCACCUGGGUGACCAGCUUGGGGACGCCUUGCAGCCCACACUCUUGCUCCUCCUCGACCACCUGCGAAAUGAGAUCACCCGACUGCCUGCUGUCAAGGCGCUGACACUGGUGGCCAUGUCCCCGUUGCAGCUUGACCUUCGGCCCAUCCUCGCUGAAGUGCUGCCCAUUCUAGCAUCGUUCUUGCGCAAGAACCAGCGGGUGCUGCGGCUGGCCACACUAGCUGCACUGGAUGCCCUGGCCCAGAGUCAGGGCCACAGCCUCCCGCCCCCAGCUGUUCUGACCGUGCUGGCUGAGCUGCCUGCACUGGUUAGCGAGAGUGACAUGCAUGUGGCCCAGCUGGCUGUGGACUUCUUGGCCACCAUGACCCCGGUCCAGCCAACCUGCAUGGUGGAGGUCAGCGGCCCUGUGCUUGUUGAGCUGUUGCAGCUGCUGCGUUCCCCACUGCUGCCGGCCAGUGUGCUGAUGGCCGCUGAGGGCUUUCUGCAGGCACUAGUGGGGACCCGCCCUCCGUGCGUGUCCUACACUGAGCUGCUCGGCCUGCUCACUGUGCCUGUGUACGAGCAAGCCAGGGAUGGCGGGCCAGGCCUGCACAAGCAGGUGUUCCAUUCAUUGGCCCGAUGUGUGGCUGCCCUCUCAGCUGCCUGUCCCCAGGAGGCAGCGAGCACAGCCAACCGCCUGGUUGGGGAUGCCAGGUCACCACACUCCAGCACAGGUGUCAAGGUGUUGGCCUUCCUGUCGCUAGCUGAGGUGGGCCAGGUGGCUGGGCCUGGCCCCCAGCGUGAGCUGAAAGCCGUGCUGCUGGAUGCACUAGGCUCACCCAGUGAGGAUGUGCGGGCUGCAGCUUCCUAUGCCCUGGGCCGCGUGGGCGCUGGCAACCUGCCUGACUUCCUGCCCUUCCUGCUGGCUCAGAUUGAGGCCGAGCCACGGCGCCAGUACCUGCUGCUGCAGGCACUGCGGGAAGCACUGGGGGCCGCGCCACCUGAUGGCCUGAAGCCCUAUGCUGAGGACAUCUGGGCGCUGCUCUUCCAGCACUGCGAGGGCACUGAGGAGGGCACCCGGGGGGUAGUGGCCGAAUGCAUUGGGAAGCUGGUGCUCGUGAACCCCCCGUUCCUCCUGACCCGCUUGCAGAAGCAGCUCUCGGCAGGUCAGCCACACACCCGGAGCACAGUGAUCACAGCUGUCAAGUUCCUCAUCUCCGACCAGCCACAUCCCAUCGACCCCCUCCUGAAGACUUUCAUCGGGAACUUCAUGGAGAGCCUGCGGGACCCGGAUCUGAGUGUGCGCCGAGCCACGCUGGCCUUCUUCAACUCGGCUGUACACAACAAGCCCUCACUGGUCCGGGACCUGCUGGACACCAUCCUGCCGCUCCUCUACCAAGAGACCAAAGUCCGCCGGGACCUCAUCCGAGAGGUGGAGAUGGGGCCCUUUAAGCACACAGUGGACGACGGGCUCGAUGUGCGCAAGGCGGCCUUUGAGUGCAUGUACUCCCUGCUAGAAAGCUGCCUGGGCCAGCUGGACGUGAGCCAGUUCCUGAGCCACGUGGAGGACGGGCUGAAGGAUCACUAUGACGUCCGGAUGCUGACCUUCAUCAUGCUGGCACGGCUGGCGACGCUGUGCCCAGCGCCCGUGCUGCAGAGGGUGGACCGGCUCAUCGAGCCACUGCGGGCCACCUGCACGGCCAAGGUCAAAGCUGGCUCUGUGAAGCAGGAGUUCGAGAAGCAGGAUGAGCUGAAGCGCUCGGCCAUGCGGGCAGUGGCCGCCCUGCUUACCAUCCCCGAGGCGGGGAGAAGCCCCAUCAUGGCCGAUUUUGCAGCCCAGAUCCGCUCCAACCCUGAGCUCGCGGCCCUCUUCGAGAGCAUCCAGAAGGACCCUGCUUCGGUGCCAGGCGCUGAGCCCAUGGAGCUCAGCUAGUCUGCCCAGGCCCGGCCACCAAGCCCCAGCCCCAGCCUCCAUCUGGCUGGGGACCCAGGCCCAGUCUGCACCCUUUAACUCAGGACAGUAACAGUUCCUGUCACUUGGCCACCCCUCCAGCCCCUCUGGUGCCCUCUAACAGGACAGCCCUUGCCUCUCUACAGCACCCAGAAACAACAGGCUGCUCCCAAGAUGACUGGAGACCCAGGCUCCCACCGCAGCACUGACACUUCCCUAGAAAACCCCCAACUCAUUUUGAGUUCACUCAGCCUAGAAUUCGUGGUUUGUAACUGACAGCAACUCAAAGGCACCGAGGGCUUUUUCUGCAGGAGGGAGAAAGGGCAGGGACCGCACAGGCCUAGACCUAGAGUUUUGUCUUACCAAAUCGUGAUUUCAAAUGUGCAAUUUCUAGUUUUUAAUAUUGAAGACAGAUAUGGGGCAAACUAUUU